AUGGUAGAAGUGAAGUCAGUGUUCCCAGAAGUUCAUCCAAAACAAAAGCAGUUGUCUGUGGAAAAUGUAAUCAUGAUGGUUCCGUGUAAGUCCAGAAUUGUAUCCUUGAAAUCUCUGACUCAGGAAAAACUGGAGAAAACCCAGCAAGCAGCAGAAAAUACAAUAAAAAAAAAAGAAAUGGCAGUAAAAGAACAAGGGCAAAUAACCCAUUGA